UUGAAAAGACAAAACGAAAUUCAGCCAAAGGGUGGUAUGCUAGGACCGCUCGGAAUAAAAGGCGAUCCGAAAAGCCCGGGGAAGUCAUUUGGGUUUAACCAACCUUCUAAUAACAAGGCGGUUGGCUUAGAUUGUACUUUGUAAAGCAGCUCGCUUUUUGACAACCAAUAUUUUGUGACGUAUAUUAUGACGAAUGGUGUUCUGUCAUUCUUUAGACUGCUAUCCGACUUCAACACACGUUUCUUUUCACAAGAGAACAACUUUGUGCUCAAUCAUUCAAAUGCUUAGAUAUUUAUCAACCUCAUUGCAGACUUGAUCUUUUAAUAGGAGGUGGUACCCCUUUUUAAAAUCUAUUUUGAUGAAACCACUGCACUUUCUUCUUGCAACGUAACUGACAUGUUACAUUCUGACAACAGUCUGAAUCUCAUCUCACGGGGGUUGCACCUCUAUGUUGACGACGGGCAACAUUUCAAAAUAAAUCGUCAUCACUAACAAGUCGAGAACUCGUCAUAUCUGUCUUCUGAAAACAUCUCUCACGGCUCGGCAGGAAACCGUCAUUUUGGAACGACGACGACGACAACGAAUGCGAUGACGAUUUUGAAGCAAGAAAAACUAUUGCUGACGAUUUAUUGACUACCCAUCGAACCGCUUUCGUUCAAUUUUUCCAGAACUUGCAUUCCUAGCAGGAAUCAAUAAUUAGUCUGCAAAUUAAUGUUCCUAAGAAGACAUCUAGAAGAAAUUGAGAUUGUAUAGCGUUUGAAGAAGGCGAAUCUUCUUUUGAAAGCCCGCUUUCAUGCAGAGUUAAUCGCCAACCUGUCCGGCGUUCAGUGUUUGUCAAAACUGGAGGGACACAUAUUUCUUGCCGUACUUUUGAAUUGGCUUGACGGGAUCGGAGGUGCUCCGUACGUUACUUUCUGUAUGUACGGUUGUCUAUGAAAUCAUCGGUCUUUUUCACUGCCGAAAUAUAUCAACAAAUAUUUUAAAGAUUGCAUUAACAACCAGUGUAACGGUUGGAGAAACAAAUCAAGGACUUGCGAGAAAAUCUUCAAUUUUCGGUGAUCAUUGACCACGCUUAAAUUUUCCCCGAUGAUGUCGAUGAUGAUGGAAGAAUCUCAUUCGGAGUCGGCGCUGUACUCGACGCCGACCUGCGUCCAGCUGGGUAUACCUCUCCCUGACUGCCCGGGCGGUAUGUACCCCAUCAGAGACCCUCAUCACCCAUCAUCAAAUAACCCCGACGUCCCCUUCCCCGUACCAAACUACCUCGACCCUCGCUACGCUAGCUCCUUCAUCAGCCACUACGGGCAUAGCUAUGUCCCACUCCCGAACCCAUUCGGAUUCUACGAUCUCGAGCCGAGUUUCAUCCGAAGACGCAACGAACGCGAGCGGGAGCGCGUUAGGAAUGUCAACGAAGGCUACGCGCGUUUGAGGGAACACCUCCCGUGCGACAACCCGGAGAAGCGUAUGAGUAAAGUCGAAACAUUGAGGAUGGCUAUUCGAUACAUCAAGCAGUUGCAGGGCGUGAUCGUCGAUGGUGAUGAAGGGGAGAAAGAAAACAACUGUGGAGAACCGGAGGAGAAAGAAAGUGGUUACCAUAGCAGCGAGGGAGAUGAGAAAUAAAUAUCAUUUAUUCAGAUUUUUGUCAAACAAUUUAAGCUUUUCGGCAUCUGGUCGUCAACUCUUUGUGGCAUUAUUUUGUAAAACAGUUAUCGGAGUCGCCCUUUGGACUACACAUCACCUAUUUUACUCAAGAAGCUUUAUGGAUGAACAUAGUUUUGAAACGAAAAUAAUUUUAUUAGAUCAUUUCAAAACGCUAAAACAUGGCUGAUUAUAGAGAUUGUGAUGAGUGCUGAAUUCUCAUAAAGGAAUCUUUACAAAAUUUGACUUCGUCAUUCUUCAUCCGAAACAAAACAACUCUUACAUUCCGAAAUUGUAUGAUUAUAAAAUUGUUAUUUCUUAUUGUGGAUUCACCUCAACCAUCACAGGCAUCUUCUUCCGAUAUUAUGAGGGGAAAAUAUCGGCACUUCAGGAACCGCAUAUUCAGUUCCUUAGAUUUCAAAUCUUUCAAAGCGAGAAUCAUUUGAACUUCGACCUUCCAAGGUGUUCCUGAGAAUAAUUUAACCAAAAUGUAUUGUUGGUUAUAAAUAAUUUGAUUACCAAACUACACAAUCUCUUUGGUGGUAUUUUUAAGUUUACAAACUUGCCUGGAAUUUAUCAAUAAUAUCGGGAGUAGUGCUUGCUUUAUAAUGGUGUCUACUUGUACGGCAGCAGAUAUUAAUGUGUGCUAAAAAAAUGUGCAAUUCUGAUUUAUAAUGUAUAUACAUGUAUAUUUUGUAAAUAUCAAGAAAGAGAGAUUUAAUUUAGAAAUUCAUGAGCGAGGAUGUGUUUUGAAAGCUGUUCAAUAUCAUUGCCUCAUUACAAACUGAUAUUCAUGUAGCGGCUGUACAGUGUACGUGUUUUUUUUUAUAAACAAAAUUAUCGUUUGGUUACAUUCUAUUGUUGUGUGCUAACCCCCCC